AUGGAGAGCCUUCUCACUAACUUCAGCUCCAACUCCACUUCUGAGCCUCUCCUGUCACUUUUCAACCCACACCAAACUAACUGCAACAGCUGGGACCAGCAGUUGGGGACCCCACACCUGCACAGGUUAUCCCAUCUGGACAUGCAGCUGUAUCAAGAAUUCUACACUGUCUGGGUCUCUCUGAUGGUGUGUAACUGUCUGAUGCUGGUGGUUGGUGUCGUCCUCAACAGUCUGGCUUUGUAUGUUUUCUGUGGCGCCUCUGCACAUUCUUCAGCCUCUGUGGUUUACACCAUAAACCUGGCUGUGGCUGACCUGUUGGUGGCGCUGUCGCUGCCGGCUCGCAUCGCUCUGUACCAUAGUGGAGGGAGCUGUGUGGCCUGCUCCUAUGUCCACACCUUCAGCUACUUUGUCAAUAUGUACUGCAGUAUCCUGUUUCUGACCAGUAUCUGUAUAGAUCGAUACCUCGCUGUCGUCCAUGCAUCCAGUACUCUCCAUCGAUGGAGGACCAUAGGAGCAGCCAGGUGUGUCAGUGCCACUGUGUGGCUUAUUGCAGUCGUGGUCACCUACUCUUUUCAGACCACAUCUUUGGAGGUCAGCUCCUCCUGCACGGUCCUCCCUGCCUUCUUCUAUCUCACCAUCCUGGAGUUUCUCCUCCCCCUGCUCGCUGUGGUGGGCUUCACUCUGCGUGUCACCUGUUUUCUCUCCUCCAGCCACGGCCUGCCCCACCAGAGCAGGGUGAGGAGGAUCCGUGCUAUCAGGCUUUUGGCUGCCGUCUUGGUGGUCUUCACGGUGUGUUUUACACCCUUCCACGUCCGCCAGGUGCUGGUUUACUUCCAGGUCAGAGUGGGAGGGGAGGCACUGGGACAAGGGGCGAGGCAUGUGCUUGCUUAUCACAUCACGGUGACCUUGAGCAGCCUGAACAGCUGCCUGGAUCCAGUGGUUUACUGCUUCGUAACAGACAGCUUCAAGAGAAUGUGGAAGACCAGGAGAAGGGGAGGGAGAGAGGAGGACGGGGAGGUGGGGUUUACAACUGGAGUUGAAGGGGAGAGGAAUUCAGUGAAUAAAUGCUCAGGUACAGCACUGGCGAUAGCUCACAGCGUAGCUACACUAACCCUCACAAGCACAUCACUCUCUGCAGCCAACGCACACCACUGCUUGGACACCCGGCCUCCACUCAACAACGAGUGA